AAGCCCGCUUUUCUGAAAGCUCCAUAAGCGAUACCAACGAGCGUUAAUAUUCGCUCCAGGGCCAUAACGAGCCAAAAAGACUCGAAGGAGACCAAACGCCAAGCUAGCUAGACAUGGCCAUCUGCACGGUCGCAACCAUGCACGCCGUCGUGCACCAGCGCCACCCUCUUCACCAUGUCCGGCCACCCCGCCGCCGAGUCCGCCUCAUCCGCGCCACGGCCGGGGCAGCGGCGAAGACGUCGUCGUGGGAGGCGGACACGCUGUCCAAGGCGUUCUGGGACUACAACGUCCUCUUCCGGUCGCAGCGCGCCGAGACGAGCGACCCCGUCCAGCUCCGCGUGAUCGAGGGCGCGAUCCCGCCGGACUUCCCCGCCGGCACCUACUACCUCGCCGGGCCCGGCAUGUUCUCCGACGACCACGGCUCCACCGUCCACCCACUAGACGGCCACGGCUACCUCCGCUCCUUCCGCUUCAGUCCCGACCACGGCGUGCGCUACUCCGCACGGUACGUGGAGACGGCGGCGAAGGCGGAGGAGAAGAGAGGGGCGUCGUGGAGGUUCACCCACAGGGGGCCGUUCUCGGUGCUGCAGGGCGGGCAACGGGUGGGCAACGUGAAGGUGAUGAAGAACGUGGCCAACACGAGCGUGCUCUGGUGGGGCGGCAAGCUGCUCUGCCUAUGGGAAGGCGGCACGCCGUACGAGCUCGACCCGCGGACGCUGCGGACCGUUGGCCCGUUCGACCUGCUCGGGCUCGCCGACCGCGCCGCGGGACGGCGGUGGAGCGGGCGGUGCCGGCCGUGGCUCCAGGAGGCCGCGCUCGACGUGGCCACUCGCUUGCUUCGCCCGGUUCUCAGUGGUGUGUUCAGCAUGCCGCCCAAGAGGCUGCUCGCGCACUACAAGGUCGACCCGAAGCGGAACCGGCUGCUCAUGGUCGCCUGCAACGCCGAGGACAUGCUCCUCCCAAGAGCCAACUUCACUUUCUACGAGUUCGACGCCAGCUUCGCGCUCGUGCAGAAGCGGGAGUUCGUCCUGCCGGCUCACCUCAUGAUCCACGACUGGGCAUUCACCGACUCCCACUACAUCGUCCUCGGCAACAGGAUCAAGCUCGACAUUCCCGGGUCGAUGCUGGCGAUGACGGGCACGCACCCGAUGAUCGCGGCGCUGGCGCUGGACCCGAGCAAGCAGACGACGCCGGUGUACCUGCUGCCGCGCUCCACGGAGGCCGUGGCGAGCGGCCGCGACUGGAGCGUGCCCGUCGAGGCGCCGGCGCAGAUGUGGUCGAUGCACGUCGGCAACGCCUUCGAGGAGGACAACGGCCGCGGCGGCACCGACAUACGGCUGCACAUGUCCGGCUGCUCCUACCAGUGGUUCCAUUUCCACAGGAUGUUCGGUUACAACUGGAAGAACAAGAAGCUGGACCCUUCGUUCAUGAACGCACCCAAGGGCAAGGAAUGGCUGCCUCGCCUCGUGCAGGUGGCAAUUGAGCUCGACAAGAGAGGAGCAAGCCAGAUAUGCUCCGUCAGGAGACUGUCUGAUCAGUGGACAAAGCCAGCAGACUUCCCGGCGAUAAAUCCAAGCUUCGCUAACAAGAGGAAUAGGUUCAUCUAUGCCGGCGCUGCAUCCGGUUCCCGCAGACUCCUCCCAUAUUUUCCGUUUGACACCGUGGUGAAGGUUGAUGUCGCCAAUGGGUCAACGAGGUGGUGGUCCUCCGAGGGUCGCAAGUUCGUCGGCGAGCCGGUCUUCAUCCCGACCAGGGGAGGGGAGGAUCAUGGCUAUGUUCUUCUUGUAGAGUAUGCGGUAUCCGAAGACAAAUGCCACCUGGUGGUGUUGGAUGCAAGAAAGAUAGGGAAAAGAAGUGCGCUUGUGGUAAAACUUGAGGUGCCAAAGCACCUCACCUUCCCGAUGGGAUUCCAUGGGUUCUGGGCUGAUGAAUGACAAAAAUCAGAAGCAUCCACUCUGAAGAGAAUUUGCAGGCACCCAAACAGUCACUGGGCAAAUUCUGAUCGAUUUUGAAUUUUUGAUAGGUGUAAAAUGUAAAGCUGAAUCCAUUCUUAUACGGUUAUACAGCGAGCAUUCACAGGAUC